ACCACUGGGGGCGCUGUUGUAGAAAACCCGAUUUCCCGGCUUCACACUCUGCUUCUCGUUUCGUCAUUCCGGUGCUCCGGUCGGCUCGCUCCCUCCCGGUGCUAACGCCGUCGGGCUUGGCCGUGGGAGCGUAAUGGCGGUGCACCGGGGACCCUCUAUGAAAUGGCUGUUUACCCGGGAGCAGCUGGAAAACACGCCGUCCCGACGCUGCGGGAUAGAGGCGGACAGGGAGCUCUCCUACAGGCAGCAGGCCGCCAAUUUAAUCCAGGACAUCGGCCAGAGACUCAACGUGUCUCAACUAAUAAUUAACACCGCUAUAGUUUAUAUGCAUAGGUUUUAUAUGAUCCACUCGUUCACCAAAUUCCAUAGAAAUAUCAUUUCUCAGACCACGUUAUUCCUGGCAGCCAAAGUCGAGGAACAGCCCAGGAAGCUGGAACACGUCAUUAAAAUAGCUCAUGCCUUCAUUAACCCGCAAGAGCCUGUCCCUGACGCGAAAAGCAGUGCAUUCCAGCUGCUGGCACAAGAGCUUGUAGCCCUGGAAACAAUAGUGCUGCAAACGCUGGGUUUUGAAAUUACAGUUGAUCAUCCUCACACUGAUGUUGUGAGGUGUUCCCAGCUAGUGCGAGCAAGCAAGGAUUUGGCACAGACUUCCUAUUUCAUGGCUACCAACAGUUUGCACCUCACCACCUUCUGCCUGCAGUACAGGCCAACAAUUGUUGCAUGUGUCUGCAUCCACCUGGCCUGCAAGUGGUCCAACUGGGAGAUCCCAGUGUCCACAGAUGGAAAACACUGGUGGGAGUACGUGGACCGCAAUGUAACGCUACAGCUGCUGGAUGAGCUCACCCACGAGUUCCUUCAGAUUCUGGAGAGGACACCCAGCAAGCUGAAGAGAAUACGAAACUGGAGGGCCAUUCAAGCAGCAAAGAAACCAAAGACAGAAGGCUCAGCUGUGGAGAGUGCCUUCCAGGGGACAUCUUUAGAUGGCCUUCCUGGUGUCACCACCUCCUUCUUCCCCUCCACCUCGGCAUCAAACUCUUCAGAAAUGUCCGUUCUGAGCUCCAUUGCAGCCCCUUACCCCAUGUACCAGCAGCUCAGCGACCAGUUCCCACAGCCUGCCCACUCAGAUUUCACGCUGGUCAAACACAAACACAAAGCUGCAGCGGGGUCGAGCAGCGAACACGAGCAGCUGGGCAUGGGCGCCGCGUCUUUUCCACGGCCGCAAAAGGUCUUGACUCUGGAGAAGUACAGAGUGAAACAAGCAGGCGAUAUGGCCAUGCAGAAUGGCGUGAAGGAGGAGCUUGGCGCAGAGGUUUAUGCUCCUCCAGCUGUCUCCUCCCACCACCACAAGAGACGCUCUCAGCAGCAGCAGGCCGGGCAGUCAGGUGACGGCAGGAGGGAGAAGGCGAGCUCAAAAAAGCCCCGGCUCACCUCUUCCUACUCUCAAAACGGCACUGUUACAGGAGAGGAGUUCAAAAUGAGAAUCAAAGUGUCAUCAGAGCAGGGCGGGACUCUGUCUGGCAAGGACAAGCACAAAGAGCACAGCGGACACCGCCACUCUAAACACAGCCACUCCCACUCAUAUUCCCUUAGUGGAAACAGCAGAGGGACCACAGACGGGGCGUCCUUCUCAGUCCGAGCUUCCAGCAGCCACUUUAAUGACGGGAGCUCCUCCAGCUCAUCCCGCAAGAGACAGCACGCUGACGCUGGCAGCCACAACCACCACCACCACCACCACCACUCCUCCAAGAGCAGCAGGUCCUCCAAAGGAGGCCUGGGCUCAGCUCACUACUCGUCAGACAGCGGCCAGAAAACAAUGGAGCUCCACAGCCACGAUGGGACGAAUGGUAUGCUGCUGACCAACGGCCAACACACUGACUACAAGAACACUUUUGACAUGCUGGACUCUUUACUAAGUGCCCAAGGAAUGAACUUGUAACUGUGAGUCCCUAGUGUUAUCUAGGUUAAGGUUUUAUAGAGUUUAAAAAGUGAAUUUAUCCCUCUUAAGUUAUCUGCAUCUCCCUCAGUCGUGUCUACACACUGAUUAUUGAUGAUUCCUAUCAAACUAUAGAACUGUGUAUUAAUUCCUUGCAACGCCAUAACCACGUAUGAGUUGGUUUUGGAAUGCAGCUGCAAAGCAAUUCCUUUAAAUGUUAUUUUAAUGUGCACGUUUUAAGUCACAAAAAGAGAAAACAAAAACAUGGCUGACAUUUUGCUGCCUUUGUGACGGUUUACACUUCAUUUUUUGUUUUUUGUUGUUGUUCAGUUUGUUCCACGAAAAUCUCAGGUCUUAAACAUUUUUGAUAAAAGAGCAAAUCUCCCUCUGAGGGAGAUGGAUGGAGCUUUUGUAUCCGAUCCGGUUAAACACGCGGUCUGCUUACGUUACAGAGUGCAUCGGUCGGGAUAAAUGUGAGGCCGGCUCCAUUUGCUAUUCAAAGGUCUACCUGGACCACCACUGAAACUAACGAGCACUCAUUACAGAGCUACAGAUGAAGCUUAUGUUACAACGGCUGUGAAUGUGCAUUGAAGACAUAGCAGCUAAAAUGAAAACAACAAAAAAAAUCUUGUGAUUGUUCUAGUCAAUCGCUAUUCAGUAUGAUAAAUGUUAUCAGAAAAUACAGAUCUCUAAAGUUGUGUACAUAGGACUGUAGUUCCGAAGUGUUGGUUAUUGCGUCAGUCCGAAUGACUCCAUUGUAUUAAGAUCCAAAGCAGACUGUAUUGAUGAACGGAUCCUUGAUUUAUGUAUUGGGAGCCCAAAUAAAAAUGUGAAAAACUGA